UCUAAAGCUUUUCGACUAAAAUCAAUACACUAAAACUACGAACAACUCGGGAGAGAGGACCAAAACUAAUAAAAAAACCAGUAGAAUUAAGCUAUUGUAAAAACUAAACCCUAAAAAUCAAAUCAAAUACUAAAAUACCUCUUAAAAAUGAAAUUUAAACACUAAAAUUGAAAAUCUAAAGUUAAAUUAAACAGAAUCAGACGAUUUACACAAAAAAUUGAACUCAUUAAUCAAAAACCUAAUUAAAUACCUUUGCAAGGCCGCCCAACUGAUGAUCGUAAUCCUCUUCGUUUACUCCAAUUUGAUGAUAAAGGUUCAUGUCUCGCCUUCACCAUUGUUGAUUUUAAUGAACUUUCUUCUCUCGCCUUCACCAUUGUUGAAGUGUACAGAGAAGAACAUCAAAGGAGGAGAGAGAAAAAAAAGAAAGAAGAGGGAGAAAAUAAUAUGUCAGGAGGAGAGAGGAAAUUAAAAGGAAGCUUCCCAAAAAAAAUCUGUAAUAGUCAUGUGAUACUCGGUCCACAGUUAUAUUAAUGUGGACCGGAUUAAUAUUAGUCUUUACCAUCAAACAUUCAAAAUAAAAUCUCAUUCUUUUCCUUUACUAACAAAUUAACAAUGAACCAAACAAAGCAUUAGUAAAUACUAGUAUGAUUUCUUGCUAAUUUUGGCUCUUGGAUUUCCCCUUACAACACAAUUUGCCAAACAGGCCCUCAGAAAAAAACUCUUCUGCUAAUUGUCUGAUCAAAUAGUCUUCUCUUUAAACCCUUGAUCUGCAGAUAAUUUUAGAGAGAGAAAGAGAGAGAUUUAGUGAGAGAAAGUACAGGAGACAAAAGGGGGUGUUUUACAACUAUGUCUUUGGGGUAUGCUGAGAAGCUUUCGUACAUUGAAGAUGUGGGCAAAGUUGGGAUGGCUGAAUUUUUCGAAUCACCUCGCAUUUUGCAAGAGAAAGUAGGACAACUUGCGAAUAUGAUUCGAAAGAGUAAGCAUAUGGUUGUAUUUACUGGUGCUGGUAUAUCUACUUCUUGUGGAAUUCCUGAUUUUCGAGGUCCCAAGGGAAUCUGGACACUUCAGCGUGACGGCAAGGCAUUACCUAAAGCAGCUUUGCCUUUCAAUCGAGCAAUGCCUAGUAUAACCCAUAUGGCUCUGGUUGAGCUAGAAAAAGCCAGUAUCCUCAAAUUCGUUAUUAGUCAGAAUGUUGAUGGUCUUCAUAUUCGGUCGGGGAUACCACGGGAAAAACUUGCAGAGUUGCAUGGGGACUCCUUUCUGGAAGUUUGCUCAUCUUGUGGAGUCGAAUAUGUACGAGAUUUUGAGAUUGAAACAAUCGGAUUGAAGGAAACACCCCGGCGUUGUUCUGAUACAUCUUGUGGUGCAAGAUUAAGGGAUACUGUUCUUGACUGGGAGGAUGCAUUACCCCGAAAGGAGAUGGAUGCAGCUGAAAAGCACUGUAAAAUGGCUGAUCUCAUUUUGUGUUUAGGGACAAGUUUGCAGAUUAAACCUGCUUGCAACCUGCCUCUCAAGUGUCUUCGUGGAGGGGGGAAGAUUGUUAUUGUGAAUCUUCAGAAAACUCCUAAAGAUAAGAAAGCAAGCCUUGUGAUCCAUGGGCUUGUAGACAAGGUGAUUGCUGGUGUCAUGGAAAGUCUUAUUCUUCACAUUCCUCCAUUUAUUAGGAUAGACCUUUUCCAGAUUUUUCUUAGUCAAGCUGUUAGCUCAGAUAAAAGAUACAUGAACUGGAACCUUAAGGUUGAAAGUGUACAUGGAAACAGAGCUCCACUGCCAUUUGUUAAAAGUGUUGAGGUCUCCUUUGUUGACAGACAAGAUCUGAAAGCUGCUGUGUUAGACAAGCAGCCAUUUGUGCUCAAAAGGAGGUUUGUGAGAAUUGUGGAACCAUUUGAAGUGGUAUUGAAAAUCAACUUCAUUGAUGCCUGCCGUUGUCUCUAUGCACAGAUUAAAAUCCCCGUCAAUUUCAAAGUUUCAAGAAAAUGUCCCCAAUAUGACAAGGAAGCAAUAUAUCAAAAUUUAAGAGAGGCAGCUGCGCAAGAUUCUCGCUGUGGGCAGUACGAGGUUAUUCAGAGAAAGGCAAACUUAUCCCCAAAAUACGACAUUACAGUGUAUGCCAUCGUGACCAACAUUGCAACCUAUGAUAAAGCUGUGGCCAAAGCAUCAUCUGAAGGAGUCGUGUGUAAUGGAGAUGCGAAAAUAAAGAGCGAAAGCUUGAUGAAUAACAGCUCAGAAACUGAUAACAAACCACUGAGAUUUCUCAAAAGGAAACACAGGCUUACUCACAGUCCCAAAACUGCUAACAAGCAACUGAGACUUCUUCAACCGAAAAGUAGGCUUUAAACUUUGUUAUCCCCAGAACUUCUGUAAAUAAGAUAUCUUUCUUUCCCCUACUAUCUUAGCGUCAUAAAAAGCAUAGCUUUAUUUAAUGACAGUGAUAAAGAUGAGUUAUUAUGGUGGAUAUUAUACAGAAUUAGCGUUGCACAUAGGAGGCUGAGUGAAUUUUGUUCAAUGUAACUCUCAGCCUUACCGGUUUUCGGAUAGGUGUAAAUUGGUGGUGAUCGGUGUAAACUCUAUCUCAUGUACAGGCAUUGCUCUAACAGUUUAACAGUUUAAGAUUAUCUUCACAAGUCACAA